CUCAGUUUCUGUGCAUCAACUUUCUCUAUAUAUGGAGAAAUUUUCAAGAUCCAAAUCAAGCAGAGAAAGUGGGAUGCAGAAGCAGCCAACCAGCAUGAAUGAUCUCAGGAGCUACAGCACUUCCGCCUAUAAUCCUCCUCCAUAUCUUGACUGUGAUAAAAAGGGCAGCUUUAACGAGGUGAAAAUCAAGAAGAGUGGCAGUAAAAACAAUGGUUUUUCUUCAAAGAGUUGGAGUUUGAAGGUAGACCCUGAGUUCCAGAGGAAGAAGAGAGUUGCUAGCUAUAAGGCUUAUGAAGUAGAAGGUAAAAUGAAGGGUUCUGUAAAGAAGAGCUUCAGGUGGAUCAAGGAUACUUGCAACCAAGUCAUUCAUGGCAUUUGGUGAUUUUCUUUCUUUCAAUUCAUUUUUUUUUUGGGGGGGGGGGGGGAGGGGGUUAUUGGUAUGUCACAAUUCUCUCUUUUGUUGUUUUUUUGGGUUUAUGUUUAUAUUAUUGGUGAAGGGUUGUCAAGUUCUUGAUGUUCAAGAAAUCCAAAACAUUGAAAUUUGAAUUUCUAUUCAUGCUUGUCCUUGAAUUGAGAUGGGUAGCUCUUUUUCUUGUUCAAA